UUGGUUGUUUUUAUAUCAAAACCAUUAGUAGUUCGCGCCCCAGAGCCCAAAACCUUCUGAGAUAACAUUUGCGAAUGGACAAAAGACAACCAAGGACCGCUGACGGAUCAUGUUUUAUCAAGAACAACUAUCCACGUUACCCGAUUGUUCGAUUGGUUCGACUACUACUUAUUUGGCCCAUUUUAAUUGUGAGGAAAAUCAUUCCAUCUGUUUGCCACGUGACAUACUAGUGUAUGCAGACACAUGCACAAAUGAAAUGACACCAGCUUUUAAUACUUGAUAUUGUGUGUACAUAUCACCUAUUAGUGUUUGAUCAUGAUAGUUGAUAUAUAGAAAACAUAUCGGCUACCCUGCCCAUUUUCGGAUUGUGUUCUUCGCCGAUUUAUUUAUUUUUUUGGUGGCCUUUAUGGUGAAGACACUUCACCAUCUGCAGGAAUGGCAGAGACCAGAGCAAGGAUACUUCUCCUGUUUAUAUACCCUGAACUUCUUAAUAGCCGGAUUAGCUAUUCUGAUUUCUGUGUCUUGCUUAGUUGGUGACGAGGACGAAUGGAAGGUCAGACUCUCAGAAGGUGUCCAUUUUGUCUUGAUCUACAUAAUUUGGAGCAUCGACAUGGCGCAUAAAGAGGAGAUUAAGACGGAGGCACAGCUUCUCGAGUUCUGCACGCACAUGUGUGAUGAGCUUAUCAGAGGUGUUGUGUACGGGGAUGAAAUCGAAAAUGAGAAUCUCCUCAAAUAUAAUGACAGUACUCUGCAUCUCGACGCGAAGCACCCGUGGGCAUCCCGUCUCAUCAACUGCUUGGAGUUACAUUAUCAGUGCACCAGCAGAUGGAGAAAGUUAAUCGACGACAGCCGAGAGGCGGACAAAGAUAUCUUAAAUAAGCUACACGAGAUUCAAAAGAAGGCACUUCACGCGCGAGUAGCGGCCACGAUUGAGGAGCUGGAGGAGUGGAAUGGUAUAAUCGAGGGUAUAACCACGGUUCACCAAGAGACUGUAGACAAGGUGCAGAGUCUAUACCAAGAAGCCUUAGAGACACCUUGUCUGAGGAAAAGACUUGCUGCUGUGGAGAAACCAGAAAGAGUAGUACCCAUAUAUAGUAUCAAAAAUAAAGAUUUGAUGUUGAAGCGUGGCGAGGAGCUUCAACUCAUAGAUAAUUCCGACAGAGUUAUAUGGAAGGUAAAGCGGGAGGAUACUGGUAAAAUUUACACAGCGCCAUCUAUAUUAUUAGUUCUUCCUGGACCAGAUGACAGAGCGGAAGAGGAAGUACAAGAACUUCACACCAAGUUGAAUGACGCCCUCUUUCGGACCACAAAGAUCGCCACCGAAAGUCUCGUCAGCUUCUUGACCACACAUCUUACAAAUGUUAAGGAGGAAAAGCGCGAAAUUCUCCAGAGUUCUGACAACGGUUUGAAGGAAUCUCUACAGGGUACACUAAGCACGUUAGAGGGCGUUGCAAACAGUCACCUGACUAAUGUUGAUGGCCAAGAGGAACUGCUUGGCGCUAUCAGAAGUCUGAUGGUCCGUGCUUCCAUGGGGUCUGGUGAUGGAACAGCUGACAGAACUGCAAGUCAGGAGAUGCGCGAUGAAUUUUCGGUCCUCUCCAACAUCAUGGAACAGUACAAGUCAAUGGUCGACGACCUGAAGAAGACUAAUAAUAACCUCGAAUACGAUCCACAGGGAGGGCUGCAGGUCCUGCGCAUGAAUGUCGGGCCCAAAUCGGACGAGGGAACCAGAAUAAGACGGUUCUGGGAAGUGACGUACAUUACCAAAGAAAUCCAACGCGUGGAAGAAGUGACCUACAUUCCCGAGUCGCCCAUGACCCCCAGCAGCGCCGGUAGUGUCGAAUACUCAGACUUCUCCUUUGGUGAACAGUCGGAGACAGCGGAGUCGGAACAGAUCACAAAUCAGAGUGGUGAGGAACGCAGGCGGUUCUUCAUAGAAGGUGUCAUCGACCCGAGAAAUGGUGAAGUAAUCUCGAUGAAGGAUGCAUGCCAGUACGGCAUCCUUGACCAGGGUAAUGGCGAGUAUGUUGACAUCUCGACAGGAGAGCGCUGUCCGAUCCCCGAGGCUAUGAAUGAUGGGAGGAUCGUUGUGACUUUCCAGACUGCUACGAAAAAGGAGGAUCGGGCCCAUUCCCUUGGGUUAGUCACGAUCAGACAUAAGCACCCAACGAAGUCGAAGAAGUACCACGUAAGCUGUGUGGUUCACCCAGUCACCGGUAAAAUGUUACAGAAAGACGAAGCCCUCGCGCAGCACAUUUUAGACGAGACCUGCUCCAUUUACAAAAAUCCGAAAUCAGGGAAUGAAAUGCUCAUCUCAGAAGCAGUCAAUCGGAAGUUGGUUUUCGCUGACGUAGACGCAGAAAGUGGUGACGAGGAGGACGAAGAACCGCAAGAGACAUCAAAGUCGUACAUCAUCAAUGCCGUAGUUGACAGGCGGUUAAAGCGCCGUAUUUCGUUCAAGCAAGCGACUCUGAUUGGUUUGAUUGACAGGGCCAGUGGCGCCUAUAAUGACAAUGUGACGGGUGAGAAGAUGUACGUGGGGGAGGCUAUAAAGCGAGGCUUCCUAAAAGCGAAAGAGAUUGACAAUCCGAAGUCUAUGGACAUUGACCCUGAUAACCACGUGGUUAUAGAAAAGGUGGAACACAUUCGACAGAAGCUGCUUCGGCCAAUCAAGGUAAUCAGGGCCUUCCAGGCGAUGCGGAUGGCUGGCAAAUUAAAGGGAAAAAAUAGUGAAAUAAAGGAGAAUGGGUCAACUACGAUCCCGGAGGAACAAGAAUAGACUAGACCAACUACAUGAAGUACAUUGACGUAUUCAAUCAAUUCGGUCCUCAGUGUAGAUUUCGUCGUUUCGCCAUUUUAAUACCACUUUCGUCCCCCAAACACAAAUAAAAACUGCAUUGCAGUUUAGCCGCAGUCGCGCAGAUUCUAAGUAAUGGUAUCCUGAGAAAGAGUGCGUUGUUGGAACAACUACACACGCUGUAAACACAUUAAUAACAAGGCAGAAUUCUGUUCACAAUUAUCCCAUGAACUAUUCCAUGCGAUUCAUACUGUAUUUGAUCUUUUCGAUGUUUUGUAUCGCAAGCGUCUUGAUCUCGUGUAUUCAUGAGGUACCGACGCUUCGACGAAUCAAGGAACGUAACAUUUCGAACAUUCAAUUCUUGGAAAAAAGUACACAAGUCGUGCUACGUGCAGCAUCAGCGAAGUAGGAAGAAGCCGGAAUCCAACCUAAGUAGUUGCUUGCAGGUCAAGCUAUUCGUUCGUGACUUCGCUUUGUUGAGACACACUGCAACUUCUACAAGUUUUCUAGAUCAAUUUUAAGCAUUUUUCACACUUUCUAUGUCACGAAUGCUAGUUACACUAUAGCGUAACAUAUUUUAUCCGAGUCGUUUUGUAUUAUACAUACACCUUUCACAUGAAAUCAUAGGUAGAUUUCCAGUUCUUUCAUUCAACAGUUCUGUACCAUUUUUAUUAUCAGCAGAAUAGAAAAGAUCUUGUUCUUAACAUACUGCAGCUCCUUUUAACACUUCAAACUUGUAAUUAAAGCUCUUAUUUAUGAAGAUGUAAUAAACGAAUUGGAAUGACGGA